GCCAGAGAAAGGAAGGGGCGGUGGCGUACGGCUCGAGACUUCUAGCCGUUCGGACCAUCACCAAGGAAGUCCAUUGAGCUUGUCCGGCAGCCCAGUAUCAUUGCUUUGAGCGAGGUUGCGUCGUUGAGCGGAGAGAUGUUGGCCGCGGGGGCCCAACCAUACCAUGCAAGGAACCUUCCAUCAGAAGACAUAAUGCGGCGAGCCAUGUAUGCCUUCAUCACCGGCACCGGCUCACUCCUACACAUGUGGUCCUUCACUCAGGCGGAUGAGCUACUAGAUCGCCUGUACAGGCCUAUGUUGGAACCGGACCCCAUGACUAUCGCAGAUUGUUUCAUAAUAGUUGCCAUGGGCUCUCAUUGUGAUCUGGACUACUUUCCAGACGAGCUUCGGCAAGUAUUAGACGUAUCCAGUACGAUACAAUUGGAGGAGGUAGUUGCCAAAGUCGAUUACCUUCGCACGAUGCGGCUCCUUUUGUCCAUGUGAUUCUACUCGCUGCUGGAAAAGCAUAUGAGCGCAAGAUAUCUCGUU